AUGGAGAGACCGCUACUAAAGCUUGGCUUAGUAUUUUCUUCUGGAAAACUAUUCAAACAAGCAGUCAGGGAAUAUGCUAUACAGAAUGGAAGAGACAUAUGGUUCAAAAAGAAUGAUUCUCAUAGGGUUCGAGCACAAUGUAGAGGUGUUGAAUGUCCUUGGGUGUGUUUUGCCUCAAAGAUUGAUGAUAGUUCAACAUUUGUCAUCAAAACUUAUGUUGGUGAGCAUAGAUGCUCUAGGAAGCCCCAUAAUAGAUUUGCUACUUCAAAAUGGUUAAGUAAGAAGUACUUAAAUGAAUUAAAGAGCAAUGAUAAAUGGAGUAUUUCUUCAUUUAUGGAAAAAGUGAGCAAAGACCAUGUCAUUGAAAUUUCCAAAGAUAAGGCCUAUAAAGCUCGAAAACUUGCAACAAAAUCUAUUGAAGGCACUUAUGAAGAGCAGUAUGCUGCUCUAUGGGACUAUGCUGAGGAGAUUAAGUACACAAAUAAGGGUUCCACAGUUGAGUUUUUAACUGAAUCAGGAGACAAUGGGAGGCCACGUUUUAAGCGAAUGUACAUUUGCUUUUCUGGUUUAAAAGAAGGAUUCAGUGCUGGAUGUAGGCCAGUAAUUGGGUUAGAUGGCUGUCAUAUUAAAGGACCGCAUCCUGGACAACUAUUGACUGCUAUUGGGAUCGAUGCAAAGAAUGGCAUGUAUCCUGUUGCAUAUGCUGUGGUAGAGAUUGAAAGUAAAGAUUCUUGGAGUUGGUUUUUAAAUUGUUUGAGGGAUGACUUAAAAAUUGAGAACUCCAACCAUUGGACAUUCAUCACGGACAAGCAAAAAGGCUUGAAACAAUCAUUAAAAGAUCUAUGGGAGGAAGGUGUACCUGAGCCAGAGCAUAGGCAUUGUGCAAGGCAUUUGGAGAAGAAUUUUAUCAAAGUUUACAAAGAUAAAAAGCUCAAGGAGCUCUUAUGGAAGGCUGCAAGAGAGGUUAGUGUUCGUAGGUUUGAAGGUGUGAUGGAAGAGAUUAAGAAAAUUGACGAGUCUGCUUUUGAUUGGUUAAUGGAAGCAGGGCCCCAACAUUGGAGCAGAUCACACUUUAGGACUCAUCCAAAGUGUGACAUUUUGUUGAAUAACUUGUGUGAGACAUUUAAUGGGACAAGGGCAAUAUUGGCUGCAAGAGAUAGACCAAUAUUAUCCAUGCUAGAAAGAAUUAUAAUGUAUUUACUACAGAGGCUUACCAAGAAUAGGCAUGCAGUAUUGAUGUGGAACUCUAGCAUUGCUCCAAGGAUACAAGACAUUAUUGAGAAGAACAAGGAUAUAGCUGGAAGCCAUCUCCCUAUCAAGUCUUCGGAUUUCAUCUACCAAAUUACCACUAUGUAUGGUAGCUUGUACUAUGUUGACUUGAAGCAAAUGAAAUGUAGUUGUAGAAAAUGGGAACUCACUGGCAUUCCAUGUAGUCAUGCAGUGGCUGCAAUCUGGCAAAGAAGGGAAGAUCCAGAAACUUAUGUAAGUAAAUGGUACACGAAGGAGUAUUAUUUGAAAGCCUAUUCACAACAGAUAUUCCCAAUUAGGAAUCAAGAUGAGUGGUCAAUAACUGGUAACGUUGGAUUGAUCAAGCCUAUAUCCAAGAUUCAACCGGGUAGACCAAAGAGAAGUAGAAAAUUAGAGCUUGAUGAAAUGUUUCCUCGAACAGGAAGUAAAAUGAAGAGGAGGUACAUCACAAUCAAAUGUUCAGGAUGUGGUGUAACAGGUCAUAAUUGUAAUGACCCACUAAUCUAG